GCAAUAUGAGGCUAGCCGUCGAAUGUGUCGUUUACGCGGCGCUUAUAUGCGCUAAUUUCGCUCAGUGGUGCGGCGAUGAAUUUGUCACGCCGUUCUUACAACGAAACAAGCGCCUAACAGAUAUUAAAAUACGUAACUGCUUAGAUCAUACAAGCGUUGUUCAAUUAGAAGAUGGAAGAAUAUUGCAGUUGCUUGCAUUUCAAGAAAUUAGUACGAGAAUCCUACCAGGAACUCGACUCUUAUGUAACGGUUCUAUUAAAGUAGAAGCUGAUUAUGAAAUUCCACCUGUCGACGCUUUUGGACAAUUUUACAUAAUACCAAAGUCUUGGCAUCAAAUAACAAUAACAAGUUUACAAGCUGAAACAAACGUAUCUUUAGACGCUGAUAUAGAAUGGAGGCUAAAAAAGGGUGACAAACGCGUUUUGACGUCAACCAACUCGACUGGAAUACGAACGAUACGAGCGUCUAAACGAGUAUUGGUCGUCGUGACUUUAUUAACAAAACGGCCCAGUCGUCAGUUUUAUGCCAAUGGACGUUUAUUUGCUGUAGAUGGAUUAUUACAGAUAACCACGGCAGGAAAGACACUUGUCAACGUCACCAACUCCUUACGAAUUCAGCAAACGUUCGAAAUAGACGGCACAAACGAGAUUAACGUCACUUCCGGCCUCCUCUCUGCCGAUGGUCCAGUUCAGAUAAUGAAAUACAGCUGCAAAUCGGAGCAAACAGUGGUUGCAUCGUUAGAUUCCCUGCCAAAUACUGUACAACUUCUACAAUUAAAAGAAGAUACUUUCGUCAAAAUAAUCUUAUUUGGUUGUCCUCAUUUAAAGAACGCGUCAAUCUUUUCGAAUUGCACGGUGAGAACAUACGACGAGUAUAAAGUCGAUUCUCUAGAUUGCUUCUUUCCCGCCGGAAAUCAUUCGAUCGAUUGUAGAACGAUAUUCGAAUUACCAGAGAGGUGCCCAUCGGAAUUUGUUGAGACCAUAUUGGAAAAGAAUCGUAAACUACCAUCCGGGGCACAAUUAAAGCGAUUGAGCGCAGAUGCACAAUCAAGGGCAAGUGACAGCUCUGGAGGAACAACGAACGGAAACGGAAAUGGAUUAUCGAGCUCAGUACUAGCGAUUAUUAUCUCAUUAGUAACAUCUAUAGUGUUUGUAAUAGUUUGCAUUCUUGGUUUUACUGUCUCCGAAGUCGUCUGCAAAUCCGAUGGAGGACUUAGAACUAAGAUUCUACCGUUCAUUAACAAUUAAAUAUACUUUUUCGUUAAAUCCUUAACACUUUUACCCUAUUUUAUGUAUUAUUUAAUACUUUCAAGCAGCGUUGAUCAGUAUUUCAGCCAC